UCGGAUAAAUGGCCAUUGCGGCUUCGGAGAACGUGUUUCAAAAUACCAAAGCGUGUUUCGCCGAUACCCUGGAUACUUAUCCUUCUGUUAUCCUUUCUCAAGCCAAGGCGGGAAUACAGCAUCUGUCAUUGUGUACAAUACAAAGUGUUUCGUCCUCUAUAUGCGCUUACAACCUAAAGCCCCGCAUAAGCAGUGAGCUAAGAAAGUCUUAGUUAAAGAGACUCCGUCCAUUGGACACAAAUGAGGUCGAUGUAAUUAAAUCUAGCCGGCUGUUUGACUUCAUACGUGACGUCACUAAAUAACGGGUCAUAUAACCCCGCGGUUCCCUUGGUUGUAUUACUAUUGUUGUUGUGUGAUGGCAGACGUUGUGUUGUUGAGUGGUGCUGUACUAUGAAGCUAGGUCACUUCUGACGGCAGAAUUAUGCAAAGCCGGCCGCAAUCCUAUUACUGUGCGCCGGAGGAGUCUGACUCGGUACGGUGUGCCUCCUGCGGGCAGGAAGCUUGGUGCUCGGCGGAGUCAGAGGAUAUGCUGUCUCGGUGCAAGACAGCUCCGACGUUAGAAGAGCAGGCCACGGCUGACAUCGUGGCGGUCUGGGAGGUUGAAGACGCCGCCACCACGGUAUGUUUUCUGUGCGGCGGACCGGGAGAGACUAUCGGGCUGGUUUCAACCGGGCUCCUGCAGUCACCAGUCAGUUCCCGGCGGCGUUCUCACGGGAGAGGCCGCCAACCUGUCCCCGAACGUGUCCCGCAGGCCACCCAGGAUUCCGCGAAGAACCGAUCCCGACCCCACGGACCUGUACGAGUUUCGGCACCACUCGGACAUACGGAAAUACAUCGAGGAUUACCGAGACAGGGCGAACAACAAAAAGCGUAGAAACGAACAGCUGGUUUCCUGUCUUCAUAAGGCUAUGAUCAAAGCCAAACAAGCACACGAACAGAGCGAAAUCCAGUCUACUAACAACAAAUACAGAACGUUUCAUCCAUCUAUAGACAGCGACCACGGUGACCAUAGUGAUCACGGUGACCAUGGCGACCACAAUCACAGGCCAGAGGCGGACUUCCUCCUAGCGCCUGAAGCUAACGUUCACAGUCCUAUGGAAGACAGUACAUGUAUAAAUUUGCCGAAAUUAACGAGUAGAAAAGCCGGCGUGUCAACGAGACAUUCCAUGCAGCCGACACGCUAUGGUUUCCCUCACUUUCAGGAGGUUGAACCCCUCCCCAUUCUCACCAACGGCAUGCCGUACCCGUUCAAAGUCGUCCAAGAAUAUACUGGAGGAGGAAAGAAGGUUCUGCGGUACGACCUUGCGGAUGUCGUGAGGACUAGAAAGAUCCCCACGGGUCGGCUGGUCCCGCACCCCUUCUCCUGGUCUGCCUGGGACCUGGGAAGCUCGUCUUCCUUCAGCCCGAGCUCGGGCAGCAGUGGUGGCGGCGGAGGGACAUCGGACUUGGACGGUAGCUCUGUGAACUUCCCUCGGCUGAGGUACACUAAAGGCACCGAGGUCACCCACGAAACGUUCGGCAUCGACGGCAGAGGCAACGUCAUCUGGCAAGCAGAUAGGAGAGACCCCUCCAAAACCCUGGUCAUGCAAAGGAUGUUCAGAAGAAAACCAAAUUUUGGCGCUCUGACUUCUAAUAAGGGUAAAUUUACGGGGGACUCCUUACAGAAGAAUGGGACUAACUUUUCCCAUGGUAUAAACGGAAGACCUUACCGAACCACCGAACAGCAUCAGAAAUAUUUCCAACAGAUCGCGCGUUCCUUACAUGAGAGAAAGCAACACACAGCAAGGCAGAACAUUGCAUUCAACUCCGUCGAAAAUGAUACAUAGACGGACUUGGCUGUAGCAGUACACUGGUUAUAGCCAGUGUCUUAUCAUAGCCUGAAAGUUUACUUUGAGAGGGUUCGACUGUACUUCGACACAAGGCAAUGUGUCCCUCUAUACUGGUGGUAUAGCUACAAUAAGCUUCUUACGUUAGAUAGCUCUACUCUCCAAGUAGAGGUUGAGUCGCGAAGAUAUAGUGGAAGUCAGGAAAUUUACUGGUUCGCUCCUCUCAGAGGUUAAGCUAGAAAGUUAUUAUAGAACGUUAGUAGUCAAAUCCAAACUGUGCACCGAGGAGAUUACAUUUUAUCGUCGGACGCGAAGAUGUGACUACAACUAAAUAGAAUAUUGCUUGUCCAGCUUGAUAUUUUGUACCAACGAUUUGCCAUUUAAGAUGUUGUAAGGAAACAACAUGUUGUCGACGGUUCCGAUCUGUAUUCGUCCUUUUUGUUACCUCAAAUCGUAUAUAUCAUAGUAUAUUUGUAUAUCAUCCAUGUAUCCAUGUAUAUAUCCAGUUCGCUGCUGUUUCGCCCAUUGCAAUAGUAUCAACUGGUUUGUUCUUGAUAUGCAAUACUGCGUAACGCCGCAAAAGGUACCAAUCGAAUGCAGUUGCGCUUUCAGACCUUUACAUAAGAUAGACCAUGCAGCCUGAAUUGUUUACCUUCAAUAUGCAUUAAAAGGAAAAUACAGUGUGACGUUUAAUUAUAAAUUGCACGGUCCUU